GCAGCAGCCAGUGCCGAGUCUCGGAGGCCGGCUGGGGUGCGGGAACCUGAUCCAGCCGGGAGGCGGGGGCGGGGCGGGGGCCCGGGUGCUUGGGGAGGGACCGGCGCCCGCCUUCCUCCCCCAUUCAUUCAGCCGACCGUGGGGGCCGAGGGGCUCGGGCGGCCAGCUCGGCACCGGGAGCGGGAGCGCGCAGGGCCGGGUCUCCGCGGGACUCCCUGCGCACCAGCCACCAUGUCCGACCCCGCGGUCAACGCACAGCUGGACGGGAUCAUUUCAGACUUUGAAGCCUUAAAGAGAUCGUUUGAAGUCGAGGAGAUUGAGCCACCCAACUCCACGCCACCCCGGAGGGUCCAGACUCCUCUGCUCCGAGCCACGGUGGCCAGCUCCAGCCAGAAAUUCCAGGACCUGGGGGUGAAGAAUUCAGAGCCUGCUGCCCGCCUCGUAGACUCCCUGAGUCAGCGCUCCCCCAAGCCUUCCCUGCGGAGGGUGGAGCUGACCGGGACCAAGGCGCCCGAGCCCAUGUCUCGCCGCACGGAACUCUCCAUUGACAUCUCUUCCAAGCAGGUAGAGAGCACGGCCUCUGCUGCCGGGCCCUCGCGGUUCGGGCUGAAGAGGGCCGAAGUCCUGGGCCACAAGACCCCAGAGCCUGUCCCUCGGCGGACGGAGAUCACCAUUGUCAAGCCUCAGGAGUCCGUGCUCCGCAGGGUGGAGGCCCCCACCUCCAAGAUUCCCGAGGGCUCCGCCGGGUUGCCUGUCACCGAUGCAGCAGCGCCCAAGAGGGUAGAGACCCAGAUGCCCAAGCCGGCUGAGGCGCCCAACUGCCCGCUCCUGCCCCAGACCCUGGAGAACUCGGAGGCCCCAGUGUCUCAGCUGCAGAGCAGGCUGGAGCCCAGGGCCCCUGUGGCUGAGGUCCCAUAUCGGAACCAGGAGGACCCUGAGGUGACUCCCAGCUGUGUUGGCGACAUGGCGGACAACUCUAGAGAUGCCAUGCUCAAGCAGGCACCCGUGUCACGGAACGAGAAGGCCCCGGUGGAGUUUGGCUACGUGGGGAUCGACUCCAUCCUGGAGCAGAUGCGCAGGAAGGCUAUGAAACAGGGCUUCGAGUUCAACAUCAUGGUGGUUGGGCAGAGCGGCCUCGGGAAGUCCACCUUAAUCAAUACCCUCUUCAAGUCCAAAAUCAGCCGGAAGUCGGUGCAGCCCAUCUCGGAGGAACGCAUCCCCAAGACGAUUGAAAUCAAGUCGAUCACCCACGAUAUUGAAGAGAAGGGGGUCCGAAUGAAGCUGACGGUGAUUGAUACCCCAGGCUUCGGAGACCACAUCAACAACGAGAACUGCUGGCAGCCCAUUAUGAAGUUCAUCAACGACCAAUAUGAGAAGUACCUGCAGGAGGAGGUCAACAUCAACCGCAAGAAGCGAAUUCCCGACACCCGUGUCCACUGCUGCCUCUACUUCAUCCCAGCCACCGGCCACUCGCUCAGGCCCCUGGACAUUGAAUUCAUGAAGCGCCUAAGUAAGGUGGUGAACAUUGUCCCCGUCAUCGCCAAGGCUGACACGCUGACCCUGGAGGAGAGGGUCUACUUCAAACAACGGAUCACCGCAGACCUGCUGUCCAAUGGCAUUGACGUGUACCCCCAGAAGGAGUUUGACGAAGACGCAGAGGACAGGCUGGUGAACGAGAAGUUCCGGGAAAUGAUCCCAUUUGCUGUGGUGGGCAGCGACCAUGAGUAUCAAGUCAACGGCAAGAGGAUUCUGGGAAGGAAGACCAAGUGGGGCACCAUUGAAGUUGAGAAUACCACUCACUGUGAAUUUGCCUACCUGCGGGAUCUCCUUAUCAGGACGCACAUGCAGAACAUCAAAGACAUCACCAGCAACAUCCACUUCGAAGCCUACCGUGUGAAACGCCUCAACGAGGGCAACAGAGCCAUGGCCAACGGGAUCGAGAAGGAGCCGGAAGCCCAGGAGAUGUAGAUGCGUCCCGCCCCUGGACCCCACCCCUAGAUCUUUCCAUCGUCCCUGGCCCACCCACCUACCCUGUCUUAUUUUAUAUAAUUAUCUCCAUUUGUCACCUGCUUCCAUCCAUCUCUUCCCACACUUUGCCAGGUAACAAGAGAGGGUUUACCUCCCAAGUGUGCUCUUAUUGGCUGCAGCAGCAGGGUGGGCGGGGCUACAGCCUGGGCUUGCGCUGUGCUCUGCUUCCUCCCUGGGUUGUGAAGGUGAAGCCUAUGGGGCCCGGGUCCUAGGGGCUGCAGAGGAGUUCAUAUGGCCGCCAGACCCCAUGGCCACAGCCUCAAGCAGGUUAGAGACUGCACCAGAGGAUGGAGCUGGCCUGGUAUUCCUGGAACCCCCCACCUCCCCUCCGGGGGCAUUGCUCCCAGCAUCCUCCGCUGCCUGCCCUUCAAGGGAACUAGAGAGGUCACAGCCAAAGUUGCCAGUCACUUAGACAAAGUGACAACCGUGCCCCUCGAGCUUGUCCCAAGCAGAAAGUGCCUUGAUCCACAAGAGCCAGUCACCUCUUCCCAGAUGUCCCUUUGGAUGAAAAGCAGGGACGCGCUGGAGAGGGGGAGGUGUCUUUUCUCCCUCGCCCUUCGAUUCCCGCCCCCCUCCCCGUGCUGUAGAUACUGCUACUACACUGGGCUUUAAUUAUAAAAGACGAAGCAUGAAAGAGGCUCCCCAGCCCCGCUCCCAAUCUUAGGAAGGUCAAAGCAGGAUGUGUUGAAGCCACGAGGGAGGAAGUCUCCUGAGGGAGAGGAAGCCAUGGAAGGAAGGCAUAAAUAAGGGUGCGAGGGAGCUCUCCUGCCCAGGUGCCACUGAAGGCAUGUCUGUCUGGUCCUCAGUUUGGGCCAAGAUACUCUGGUUACAUUGGCACUCCGUUGCCCCACCCUGCCCCGCCCCCACACACCUCAGGCUCAAGCCUUGAUGAUUCAGUGACUAUUGUGUGGGAGGCAGAAACCUGACCAUUUUGUUGUCUACAUGAGCCUAGACCCCCGUGCCCCAGAACCCAUCAAAAAUACCCCCAAAGAGGGAUGGGUGAGGGGGUCAGAGAUGGACAGCCAGACUCCAGGGCAAGGUUUCAUAGCAUCUUCUCUCAGAGGGAGCCAUUAGGGACCAUCUAUGCACAGCCGACCAAAGCCAUGUCCUUCCUGCCGGCCUCCCAUGCUUGUUAGCCCCUGGGGAGGAGUUUGGUGAGGUUAGUUAGGUGGGACCCGCUUGGGGAAGGUGCCUCUACAGACUCCGGGCUUGCUUUCUGCAGCCCAGAAGUGCAGUGGGAGGGGUGGGGUGCAGACAGAGGAGAGGGGAACAUUAUUUCCUGCUUUGGGUGUCUGCUCCCCCACCUUGUCGGGGAAGGCCCCUCGUCACGCCCUUCGGCCGAACAGUUCGAUUGCCAGCUUGCCAAGUUCUUUUGCCAAAAUCAGGACUUUGAAGGAAAUCUCCAGCAUGCUGGACCAGGGCACACCGGCCUUCUCCAGCCCCAGUGUCCCUGGGGACUUAGCAGCAACCCAGUGUCAUCAGGAUGACUUUGUGCCUCUAUAACCAGGUAUUGAAACUGUUCGUCUCACCAGGCCGUUCCACAUGGCCCUCUGCUGGGGGCUUCCUGGUGGGGGCCGGAAAAGUCUCUCUCUCUCUCUCUCUCUCUCUUUUUUUUUUUUUUUUUUUUUUGUAUAAAAUAACAAAGUGUUGAAAUGUAUUUCCUGAAAUAAAUGUUUCAAAUACAAACUGGCUCA